AUUUUCAAACCAGUUAAUGGACGAGUCAACAUUUAAGUUGAUUCAAAUAUGUUUCAAAGUUGUUUUGUUCAUAUAAUUGUUAUUACAACUAUGUUGCAGGUAUGAUAGGUGGCAUUCGUAAUUUGUGUUGGCGGGUAAUAGCUGUACGUCAUCUGACCACCUCUACCUUUGACAGUCUUCCGUACACUCCCAGAGACAACCCGGGAGUAUAUCGACGGCUCAAAGUCAUAUCAAAAGAUGAGCCUGAUAUUGAUGGAGCCAAUAUCGAUUAUGAUAGCAUUGAUGCAUUGGAACAGGAUUUUAUGCAGUCCGGGGAAAUGCAUGAAGAGAUAACCAGGGAAAUGGAGCACAUUUCAAAGAGACAACAGUACAAAAUAACAGAAAGAAAACACUUCAAGCCUCCAAAAGAACCAGGGAUGUUGACAUGGUCGGAGAAAGAACAGAUAAGACAUCUAAAUCGUGAAGAUCCAGAAAAAUGGACCCCAGAAGCACUUUCUAGGAGCUUCCCUGCAUCUCCUGCUAUUAUAAAAAAAGUGCUCAAGGCGAAUUGGAAGCCACUGGAUGCAGAGAAGUUGAAAGCACACGACAUUAGAGUGUCAGAGAAUUGGGUAGCAUUUCACAAAGGUCAACUGGAGGUACAUGAUCACCAAUUACGGACACACCUCUCUCGGUUUGUAGACAGGAAAGACGGUGUGAGGAUUGUCUCCGACGAAGAAGCUGCAAAAAUUACGGAAGUGAUCCUGCCAAAACCCAAAAACUCUGAGUUCUUGUCACUGAUAACAAGUUUCAAUUCUGAGAGUAAGUCUGCUCAGUCAAAAAUGGACGUAAACCUUCUUGAAGAAAGAUUGGAAACAAAUAAGCAACCCUUUGAGAUGGAUCAGUUGCAUUCCGGGACAAACUAUACAUUGCAGCAAUUCCGCAGACGACUUGAAGAAGAAGCGGAGAACCUUUCAGAAACUCCAGAGGAGAUAAAGCCAAUAAUAGGAAGGACGAAAUCGGAUGUUUCAGAGAACAAAAAUUCAACCACAAUGUAUGUUGCUCCAUCUGAAUCCUUUAAGGUGAAUGCUGUGGCUUAUAAAAAAAGUAGUAAGAGCCCUCUGAGCCUUAUAGACAUAGAUGAUCUACCAAACAAGAUCAGUAUACCAAAAGAACAUGGAAAACAGGGGAAAGUUUAUAGGGUCAAUGAUUGUUUUUACAAUGAUAAAGGGAAUUUUCUUUACAGAGUGCCUGGAUUGAAAGCUUGACCAAGUUGUUAAUAAAAAUUUUUAACUAGCUA